AUGGCUCUUUCCAGUAUCCUGACAGAAGCUGAAAUUGCUGCUGGUCUACAGAGCUGUCAAGCUGCUGAUUCAUUCGAUUACAAAACCUUUUUUGUCAAAGUGGGUCUCAGCUCCAAGUCCAAAGACCAAGUUGCCAAAGUCUUUGGAAUUCUAGACCAGGACAGGAGUGGCUUUAUUGAGGAAGAGGAACUGAAACUUUUUCUGAAGAAUUUCUCAGCCAGUGCCAGAGCUUUGACUGAUGCUGAGACCAAGGCGUUCCUGGCAGCAGGGGACAGUGAUGGAGAUGGUAAAAUUGGAGUGGAUGAAUUUCAAGCACUGGUCAAGUCAUAA